GGUUACCGCCUUUUGCACCCGCGGCGGCGGCGCGGAGGGGGGGGGUGGGCGCUCUUUCUUUUUCUCUUAGAAGAGACUUUAGCACAGGUUUUUCCGUUCUCACUUCCAUCCCACCUCACCGACUCCCAACCCCCUUCUCCCCCUCCCCACCUAUCGUCAUGACGGCUUCUCCGGAUUACUUGGUGGUGCUUUUUGGGAUUACUGCGGGGGCCACCGGGGCCAAGCUGGGCUCGGAUGAGAAGGAGCUGAUACUGCUGUUAUGGAAAGUGGUGGAUCUGGCCAAUAAGAAGGUGGGACAGUUGCACGAAGUACUAGUUAGACCGGAUCAAUUGGAACUGACGGAGGAUUGCAAAGAAGAAACCAAGAUCGACGCCGAAAGCUUGUCCUCGGCGCCGCAGCUGGACCAAGCCCUCCGACAGUUUAACCAAUCAGUAAGCAACGAACUGAAUAUUGGGGUAGGGACUUCCUUCUGUCUUUGUACUGAUGGGCAGCUUCAUGUCAGGCAAAUCCUGCACCCUGAGGCUUCCAAGAAGAAUGUGUUAUUGCCUGAAUGCUUCUAUUCCUUUUUUGAUCUUCGAAAAGAAUUCAAGAAGUGUUGCCCUGGUUCACCUGAUAUUGACAAACUGGAUGUUGCUGCAAUGACAGAGUGUUUGAAUUUUGAGAAGACUAGUUCAGUCUCCCAAUAUGGAGCCUCUCAAGUCGAAGAUAUGGGGAAUAUAAUUUUAGCAAUGAUUUCAGAGCCUUAUAAUCACAGGUUUUCAGAUCCAGAGAGAGUAAAUUACAAAUUUGAAAGUGGCACUUGCAGCAAGAUGGAACUUAUUGACGAUAACACCGUGGUCAGGGCAAGGGGUUUACCAUGGCAGUCUUCGGAUCAAGACAUUGCAAGAUUCUUCAAAGGACUCAAUAUUGCCAAGGGAGGUGCUGCACUUUGUCUGAAUGCUCAGGGUCGAAGGAAUGGAGAAGCUCUGGUUAGGUUUGUAAGUGAAGAGCACAGAGACCUAGCACUACAGAGGCACAAACAUCACAUGGGGACCCGGUACAUUGAGGUUUACAAAGCAACAGGUGAAGAUUUUCUUAAAAUUGCUGGUGGUACAUCCAAUGAGGUAGCCCAGUUUCUGUCCAAGGAAAACCAAGUCAUUAUCCGCAUGCGGGGGCUGCCCUUCACAGCCACGGCUGAAGAAGUGGUGGCCUUCUUUGGACAGCAUUGCCCCAUCACUGGGGGGAAGGAAGGCAUCCUGUUUGUCACCUACCCAGAUGGCAGGCCAACAGGGGAUGCUUUCGUCUUAUUUGCUUGCGAGGAAUAUGCACAGAAUGCACUGAGGAAGCAUAAGGACUUGUUGGGUAAAAGAUACAUUGAACUCUUCAGGAGCACAGCAGCUGAAGUUCAGCAGGUGCUGAAUCGAUUCUCCUCAGCCCCUCUUAUUCCACUUCCAACCCCUCCCAUUAUUCCAGUACUACCUCAGCAAUUUGUGCCCCCUACAAACGUUAGAGACUGUAUACGCCUUCGAGGUCUUCCCUAUGCAGCCACAAUUGAGGACAUCCUGGACUUCCUGGGGGAGUUCUCCACAGAUAUUCGAACUCAUGGGGUCCACAUGGUAUUGAAUCAUCAGGGCCGCCCAUCAGGAGAUGCCUUUAUCCAGAUGAAGUCUGCGGACAGAGCAUUUAUGGCUGCACAGAAGUGUCAUAAAAAAAACAUGAAGGACAGAUAUGUUGAAGUCUUUCAGUGCUCAGCUGAGGAGAUGAACUUUGUGUUAAUGGGGGGCACUUUAAAUCGAAAUGGCUUAUCCCCACCGCCAUGUAAGUUACCAUGCUUGUCUCCUCCCUCCUACACAUUUCCAGCUCCUGCAGCAGUUAUUCCUACUGAAGCUGCCAUUUAUCAGCCCUCGGUACUUUUGAAUCCACGAGCACUGCAGCCUUCCACAGCCUACUAUCCAGCUGGCACUCAGCUCUUCAUGAACUACACAGCAUAUUAUCCCAGCCCCCCAGGUUCGCCUAAUAGUCUUGGCUACUUCCCUACAGCUGCUAAUCUUAGCGGUGUCCCUCCACAGCCUGGCACGGUGGUCAGAAUGCAGGGCCUGGCCUACAAUACUGGAGUUAAGGAAAUUCUUAACUUCUUCCAAGGUUACCAGUAUGCAACCGAGGAUGGACUUAUACACACAAAUGACCAGGCCAGGACUCUACCCAAAGAAUGGGUUUGUAUUUAAGGGCCCCAGCAAUUAGACCAUCCUCAGGAAAGAAGUGUUUGAAAGAUGCAUAGUGAUCGUGAAACCAUCAGACACAAGAAAACUUCAAGCAACUUCAGGGGAAGUUCAUCUUUACUCAGGCUGCAGUAUUUUCAGCAAACAUGGUUGGAUAGAGAGCCUCUGCCCUAUCCUUUGGUGGAGUGAAAAAUUUGAGCCAAUGAAGCCAAAUCCUUAUAGCAAGCAGUGUGCAGCAUACAUACCUGGCUCCUUGCUUGCUGAUUGCAAGUAGGCAUUUAAAAUGUGAAUUUGAAAUCAGAUAUCUUCAAUACUUCCAGCUAAAGUGGCAUCAUAAGUGGCACCAUAGAUGCCAUAUUUAAGUCUUGAGGAAAAAAUAUUCUGCUAGAGCUGACCAUCUCCACCAUGAACUCUGUUAUAGAAACUUUAUUUUUGUGUAUUCCUACUCUUAACUCUCCCUGUCUUCUGCACAGUCAUGCCCUUUUGCUUAUUCAAGAAUAAGGUCUUAGAAUACUUAAAUCACAAACUUAGGCAUAAGAAUGAAAUAAAACUUCAAUACUUCCCAGUCUCUUGGCCUUCAUGAUGUCUUAUAGUUAAAGACCAAUUCAAAUGAUUUUUAAAACAACUUAGAAUAAAUAAGAAAUGGUGCACCCUCCACAAAGCAUACAUCGUUAAAAAAAUUGAAACUAUUUUCAGCAGGUACCAGUUGUAAAUAAGAAUGAAAUGGGGCCAAAAUGUAAAACCAAAAAUGAAGCAGCUACAUGUAGUUAGUAAUUUCUAGUUUGAACUGUAACUGUAACAUAAUAUGUAUUGUUUUAUAUUGUACCUUUUUCGUUAUUGAUGGUUUGGACUUCAAGAGAAAUUCCGUAGUUUUUAAUAUCACAGAAAUGAGAAUAUUUGAACAUUGUGUUCUAGAAAGCAAUAUAACUGAACAGAAGUGAAUGCUUGUAUAUAUUCAGAUAGCCUUAAACCUUUUUCUCUAAUGCCUUAACUGUCAAAUAAUUAAAACUUUUAAAAGCAUAGUCAGCAUGCUAGACUGAGGUAAACACUGAUGCAGUUUAGGAGCAGGUACUGAUGCUGUCAGUGUUCAGCACCAUGGAUUUCACUGUGUUUCUGCUACAAAAGUGCAAUAUUAGACACUAGCUAGCUAGUACUGCUGCCUCAUAACUCCAAAGAGGAAAAUAGGAACUGAUUAACUAAAUGCUCAUAUUUCUUUAAGUUACUCUAUUGUCCUUUGCUUGGAUGCAGUGCCAUGCAGAUUUAUGUGGCUGCUAUUUUUAUUUACUUUGCAUUACUUUCAUUAACACCUUACCUUGACUGGAAAGCCAAACAUUUCCCUCUUCAACUGACCAGCAAUGGCCCUUUAACUGCAGUAGAAAAAAAAUUUUUUGAGUGAAAAUUGGUGGUAACUGGCACUUGAUCAGAAAAAAUAAAUUGUUUAUACUGGAUGCCUUAAGAUGCUGUCUGCCAAAGCUUUGAGAGACUUUAAUAUAGACAGUAAUACUUUCUACAAUACUAUUGAGUUUUUGUAGAAUUGCAACAUUUGAUAAUAAAACUUGCCUGUUUAA